AUCGGAAAUGGAAGCAAGUAGAAGCUAGUGAUGUUUUCGUUACCAAUAAACCCGAACUUGAAUCUGUACUGAUAUUGGGUCAGCCAUGGUUCCAGGAAAAUACAAUGAAAGUGGACUUCCCAAAUAAAACUCUUACAUUGCUCGAUGAAACUAGUUACGAGAUUAAAUCUUUUGGUACCACUGUGGUGCUCCUAUUCUAUGGCGUCGCAUUGAGUUUUUUACAGAAAAAGAUUAUCAGAGAGGUCGGCAUGGUCAUAAGAUACCUCGAACUCUUACCUGGCAAUUGA